GAUUGGGUUGUCGUGGUCGAUGAAUGUGGAUAGUGUUGGGCCCAAAGUUUGAUACCAAUAUGCGUAGCAGGCCUUGCCCAGUUACCGAUUUCACGUCUUUCAGUCCAGUUUCAUUACGGCGUCCUUCCUUUGGCAUCUGGUUUGAAGAGAGGGCAACUGGCGACAGUGACGAGACGAAGCCACUGAAGAAAAGCACACAAAAUGAGUAACGAAACUCCCAAGCUCUACGUUCACAAGCCUAAGAAAGCUCAACGUAAGAAACAUCUACAACAGCAAUCACAUCCUUCUCCGCUGUCGUCACCGUCACCGUCACCAUCGCCGGUGACAUCCUCGUCGGCACCGGCAAUGGCUAGUCAAUCUACUACUGCGACAUCCUCUUCACGUGUUCCGCCGCCGCCACCAAAGGAGUCAUUUGCACGCCGUUACAAGUUCCUUUGGCCUCUUCUCCUCGCCGUCAAUUUUUCCAUCGGAGCUUACCUUUUCAUGAGAACAAAGAAGAAGGAGAUCAUAGAGGAAGAGGUGACAGCUGUCGCUUCUACUCCCACAUCUUUGGUUUCAACUGCUUCAGUUAGUGAUCCAUUGCCAGCUGUCAUGGAACUAGUGAAACCACGUGAACCCAUACCAUUAAAUCAGCAGCUUGAGCUUUUCAAAUGGAUUUUGGAGGAGAAAAGGAAAGUGAAAACAAAAGAUCCGGAGGAGAAAAAGAGAAUCGAUGAAGAAAAAGCCAUUCUUAAACAAUUCAUCCGAGCAAAAUCCGUCCCAUCUCUGUAACCGCAGGUUUGUUCUUGUUUCUAACAAGCUGUACAUUUAGUUUUAUUUUUUGGAUCAUAUUUGCUCCUACUGAAUAUCGGUUAGUGUUUGCUAUAUUAUUUCAAUAAAAUAUCUUUUUUAAUACAAGGGUUUAGAUAAGUGAGGCAAAAUUUCUACCACUAAUAUGUAUGUAUCAUUAUCAACGG